CUACCAUGUUCUUGUGGCACUCCCACACUGCAAACACUCGAGAACCUCGUCGGGCAAUGGCGGAAGGAGUGGGAAUCAGAGAGCAUGUGGAAUGAGGAAUUCGACAGUUUACUUGAGCGCGCUCGCAUAAAGGGGGAGCGCGCCACAACUGUAUUCCUCGAUGAAUGCGCACAACACGUUGGAGAAGGGAGGGUCCUCCUGGAGGGUAUUCAUGAGGUCGUGCACACGCUUUGUCUGUGUUGCAGGGAGCGGCUUAAGGGCGACACUAUCUUACUAUACGAUUUGCUCGUUUGUGUCAUCUCACAGGUAAAAUUCUUUGAGGUGAAACUAAAU